AUGAAUUUGCAUCCAGGUAUUGGGAAUCUUGUAGCUGUGAUUUUGUUUCCCAUACUUAUGUAUUCUUUCCAAAUGGGUGCAAUUGGUGCAGCAAUUUCCACAGUUGUGUCUCAAUAUGUUGUCACCUUCUUAAUGCUAUGGUUUCUGAAUAAGAGAGCAAUACUACUGCCUCCAAAGAUGGGAUCAUUACAAUUUGGAGGAUGCAUAAAAUCUGGUGGUUUUCUUCUUAGAAGAACUCUUGUUGUUCUAACAACCAUGACUUUGGGGACAUCAAUGGCUGCUCGUCAAGGCCCGGUUGCAAUGGCUGCUCAUCAGAUAUGCAUACAAGUAUGGUUGGCUGUUUCGCUUCUGGUUGAUGCCCUGGGUGCAUCUGCACAGGCUUUGACUGCAAGUUAUAUGUCUAAAGGUGACUAUAAGACAGUGAAGGAAAUUGCUCACUAUGUGCUGAAGGUAGGAUUGCUCACAGGUCUUGCCUUGUCUGCAAUUUUGGGUCUAUCUUUUGGUUCAUUAGCUACUCUGUUCACCAAGGAUGCUGAAGUACUAGCAAUUGUUGGUACUGGAGUAUUGUUUGUCAGUGCUAGUCAACCUUUGAACGCACUAGCUUAUGUUUUUUAUGGUCUCCAUUAUGGUGCUUCAGAUUUUGCAUAUGCUGCCCGUGCCAUGGUAUAUGGUGGUGGGAGGAAUGCUUUUGCAUUUUUGCUAUAUACUCCAGCAGUCAUUGGUCUUCCCGGGAUUUGGUUAGGGCUGACUCUGUUUAUGGGUUUGCGGGUGGUGGCUGGAUUUUGCAGGUAUGCAUACAAUAUUUGAGUUCCUUUUUCUUAAUUAAAACAAUAAAAGACAUAAAAUUUAUGAUGAAGCAUGAACUAUGGGAUUUUCAAACUCUUAUAAAUAGCAUUCUAUAUUGCUUGCUAUAAUGU